UUAGGCUAAGAAUUGAAUCCGCCGCCACCUCAAAAGUUGUCCACUUUCCCAAUCCCAAUACUAUUUAUAACCCGGUCAAACCACCAUGCCUCUAUUCCCAAUGGGCACUGGAGUUCAUGCGGAUAAAUCCCUAGGCGAUGCAAACACCUCUCCCGGUGUGACGGCGACGCAGGUGAAGAACCGUCGCAAAUGCUAUCUGGAUAUGCAUCCGGAGUAUUUCUCUGCAGACCUCGAGCUAGCUGACCCGUUGCUGUACGAUCGCUUGAUCCGUCGUUUUCAGACACCGGCCGAACGAGAGGCUGAAGGACGAGCUAAAGGAUUCUCCGGUAUCCUUCAAGCGGAUCUUGAUCGCUCUGAGGCCAAAUUGGAUGCUCUAGCUCAUCCGGAUCCCCACGCAAUGUUUAGUUAUACCCGUGGUCCAAACGGGGAGAUUCUCGCGGAAGACAAAGAUGAGAUACCGACGAGCAGGGAAGAAGGCGAAAAGAUCUGGCGAUGGGAGAUGACAUUGCGGUUUUUGCGGGGCGAAGAUCGUGACUUUGACUAUACCACUGUUGAUGAGAACGACGAUUAUGAUGACUGGAACGAAGAGCAAGAGCGGUACUUUGACAAUGAAGAACCUGAGUGGAUCGUGGAGGGUACAAAUGGUGGUAAUAUUCGAUCGCAGUUACAAGGGGAGACCGGUAUACAAGACUUUUGAAAUACCACCCAGUGUCUAGGGAACUGUGGUACUGCAAUUGGAUCACACUGAUGCAAGUCCUUGGCCGCAUCGCCCUAAGAAUUGAGGUCAUUGUGAGCCCCAAUGACUCUUAGGCCAGCACGCAGACAUGCCGAAAGGGAUUCUGGGGCUGUUUAAAAGAAUAUAUGCCUCGGGGGGUAACCUUAACACCUUUCCCCGGUCUGCCACAUGCUACUUGCCAUACUAGUAUGUGUAGCUACCAAGAUGGCAACAAAACUCGACGAAACUCGUGCCAUGGUGAGCAUUCGCGCAUGACCUGUCAGGAAACUACGGUUCUCAUACUUUUCACGGUGCCAAUAUCCGAUAUCUGGUACUUUUUAGUUUUCUUAAAAUUCUUAAAAUUUCUUUAUAUAUAUAUAUAUAUAUAUUAAAUUAUUAAAUUUUCA